AUGUCUACUCCCACUGAACUGUCAAUGAAAUCCUCUCCGUCGACUGAGACGCCCCCUUGGAUAAUCAGUCAGCCCACCGUUGGUCGUUUCGUCCGACUCGGCGAACUGUAUGACCAGCGGAGGUCUCAAUUUCUCGGUGUUCAGCUCUAUUCGGAGAGCCAAAUUGAGAAGGCGACAGAGACGAUGAAUGUCAAUCACAGCGACCUCUCUCUGCACCAGUCCAACUCGUACAAGGACAAGACUGAUUCGAUAGGUCUCAACACCCAACUUAGCGUCGAGGUCCUCAGUGGGCUCGUGUCGGUGCAAGGGUCUGCUUCGUUCCUCCGCGACAAUAAGUCCACCACCCAAAAGCGCGCGUGGUCGAUGAGUCUGAAGAUGAUUCUGGUAGAGAAGCGACUCAAGUUCGCGGAGAAGGAACUUGGUCGUGAUGUACUUCCCUUGGUCUUGGAGGAUUAUAUUAGGACAGACACGGCAACACACUUCGUUUCCUCUGUCGUCUACGGCGGUAAUCUUGUCGUCAACCUCGUAGCGAAGACUUCGAAGCUGACAGAGGAUGAGAAGAUAGAGGGAUCGCUAGGUGUAAAGCUGGACAAGCUGAAAGGUAUGGUCGAUGUCGCCGGAAAAGUGGACGCCUCUAGCAAGGAAAACUUUGACGACCUGAAUGACAAAUUUGAUCUGACAGUUUAUUGCGAUAUCGCCCUCGAUAAAGUACCAGUGAACCCGGUAGACGUCGUGACCUCCUUUGCUCGCGCAGCAUCCCGUCUCAGAGAAGGUGGAGGUGUCCCAAUAUCCGUUACUUUGCAGCCCAUCCCUGACGCCCUUCGCACGAGGGCGCUUGUGGUGCACAACAUUAACGAGAGGCUGCUGGACGACCUUCUUCAUGAAUUUGGUGCCUUGGAAGACGUCCGCAGUCGAUACGCUGUUCUCGAAGAGGCGGCCAAAACCUACGACGCUCUUGUGCCGGCUUUUGCCAAGAGAGCCCGCAAAGCAGCCGCAGAAUUUCGUAUCCCGCAUCGCGACCUGCUUCUCGAACUUUCCGACGCGUUCCGUGCGCUUCUAAACGGGUCACAAGAGUCAAAGCCCACUGCACGAUUGAUCAAGAAGGCAGCCGACCUCUCCAUGUCGCACAACGCCGACACUAUUUUACAGCCCGCCGACAACACCGGAAACCCGUCUGCUGAAUCAACUCCUGAAAACUGUGCUUCUCAGACUGAGCAUGCAAUAUCGGGGCUGGAAGAAGAGGUCCGAGAUCUCGAAGCAAAUUCCACGUUAAGCGCUCUUGAAGAUGAGCUUUCCGUUCUGCAGUCCCUCAUCGUCGCUGUCGAGAGAAAUGGCUUCCACUUGAGCAGUGUUGACGACUUCUCGCUCGCAGCAUGCACCGCCGCGUCCGAGAUGCCAGUAUUCCUUAUGCCACCCUUGGUCGGUACCGGGAGAGAUGCGAAGCGACUUCAACUCAGUGCGCUCCUGCGCAACGUGGCGCUGAGCUAUACGAAGCGGAACCCGCCGACUGUGUGCUAUGUUCUCUAUAUCGAAGAUGCACUGGCAUUCGAAGAGCGCUUUCCGAACGACGGCCGCUUUGCGGCUUUGGCAGCGCCUGCGGGGUACAUAGGUCAGAUUGACUACGAUGGCACGUUGACCUGGACGUUGAUCGAUUCUCAUUUGGUCAUGUCGCGGCACCCGCCCGUCUAUAACGUUGAUGUCUGCGCUCGAACGAAGGGAAAUUCGCCGGAUGUUCUUAACGGCGAGAUUGUGCACACGGGACAGAUCAAUGGCUCGGCCUCGUUCUCCAUCAUGGUGAGGGCAAUGCUAGAGAAAGAAAUAGUCCCUCACGGCAAGAGCUCGGCGGACAUCCAUGCCUCAGGCUUGGUUCGCGAUAUUGUCCAGGUUUAUAAUGGCACAGAAUCGGUCGCUGCACUCGUAGUGACCAAUGGCCGCUGUGUUGGUCUUUCUGUCAAGCAUCCCAACGACGGGUGGAAGUUACACGACUCACCUCCUGAACAGCAAUUCACCGCUCGACAAUACUUUUGGGUCACGUUCGUGCAAGACAUGGAUGCUAGGAAAUGGUACUUAUAUAUGGGUAGCAAGUGUGUCAUCGAGCAGGCCAUUCCGGUUGGCUUCGAUUGGGGUGGCAUGCUUCAUGUUCAUCAUAAUUUUGGGAGCUUAUCCUGGUUGUGGGACGGAUAUGUUCAAAAGGCAUUGGUAUACUCUUCUUCUCUGACUCCGGACGACGUGAAAGAUAUCACCGAGAAUUAUGUGCCUUAA